AUGUUCUCCAAACUGCCGUCGGAGAUUAUCGUCCAUGUCACAAUAUAUCUUCCUACCAUCAGCGACCUAGCAAACCUGGCACAAACAUGUCAGCGACUCCACAAAAUUGUCAACGCAGAAGAAUCAGCCAUAUUUCGGUCGUUUGUUCAAAAUCAAUUUCCAUUCAUACAAACUCCAGCUUUCUGGAAAGAUGCCGCUCGUGUCCUCACUGCUCGGUCACGGGCCCUGGACAGGCUUGGGAUCAUUGGCCGGUUCGUCAUUCCGCCAGCUACCACAGUCCGAAUUGGGCUCAAUGAACCAACACGACUCGACAAUCCCACGCUUGGAUAUAGACCCGCUAUUGAUUCUUAUGAAGUAUGGAACGGCGAGCGAUGGGCUGAUCGAAGAGAAGUGCUUGCGUGGGGUGCGGGCCACCAGAUAGUCAUGCGAACCAAACAGUCUGGAUCUCGCCCGCAAGAGCAAUGGGUUUCAUUCAAUGACGUGGAGGAAGCAAGCAGUUAUGAUGAUAUCUGCGGAUUACAUAUUCUCCAGCCAGAAUCUGACAAAAACACCGAUGUCGAACACAUAAUCUUUGGCCGAAUGCGUGGCGAUCUUGUGCACGUUGCCCUUUCUAUCGACAAUGCAACUCAUGAAUAUAAGCGGAAGUUCAUGACUAGCGGAGAUUUGCUGGAGAAAACAGACUUGGAACAUCAUACUAUGGCUGCCCACUUCGAUAAUGGGUCUGUUGCUUUGUACCAACUUGAGAUUGAUCAUAAAGAGGUUGAGCCGUUUGCUUGGGUCACAGUGGGCUCUGAAGUAGAUGGCUCGAGGCGAAGCAGAUACUCCAAGCUGUUAUCAUCAUCAAGAAUCGCAGUGGCUACUGGCCAAACCGAAAAUUCUCUAUCAAUCAACGCGGUGUCUCCCGAUGGAGUAUACCUCGAUCGAGCAAUAGGUGUGAAUACCCUUGAUGUUGGCAAUCAAGUCGGCAGAUCUGGUCUUGCAGCUGUCACUGCUAUCGCUCCUCUUAAUACUCAUUCAUUGGCUGGUUCACCAGGCGAUGUGUUCCUAGCAACAUGGGGGGACCGCACAAUAAGACUUCACGAUCUCCGCUCGCCAAAUUCAUAUGAAGCAACGUAUCAAGAUACAACCGACGGCAACCUCAUCUACAGCGUACAACCAUUCAGCCAUGAUCGCUUUCUGGCUGGAGCCGCCGGCAACGCAAUCCUGAAAAUCUUUGAUCUUCGUAUGAGCAAUGCCUACAGCUACUUGGACGCACACUUACCACCAAACAAAACCCAAACCUCACUUAACCUAGCGAAAAGGAACAGUGCCCAGUACCCUCGGAAGGAUUUCUCAAUGUUUCUCUCUUCCCAAAUCCCUUCUUCUGCACCGCGAAAUCCCCGAGCCAACAAACGUCGGCCUUAUCGUGGCCCAAUUUACACACUGUCUACACCAUCUCCAUCAUCGCCGACAGUAUAUGCUGGAAUUGUCGAUGCCGUGGUUAGGUUAGAUUUUGCAUCGACAGAUGAUUUGACGGGACCAACACGCGACUGGUACGAUUAUAAUCUAGACCUUGGGGUGGAAAAGGGUCAACCGUCGGUUCCUGUUGAGACGGAUAAUGUGUUUAAAUUGGCAGGGUAUGAGCGCCCAGAACCAGGUGAUUUUACUACAACUUCCAAGCUGAGGCAUCAGCAUGGGUUUUGGUAUCCGGAGCAGAAGCACAUCAAGAACGGGGCAGGAGCUGGCUGGGAUCGGCGGUGGGAGCCUCUUGAGAAGCCCGGUGCCUGGAGAAGAAGAGAUAGUUGUAAAUAG